AUGGGUGGCGUGGCCCCAAGGUUCCUCUUCCUCCUCGCCACUCCCCUCCCUCUUCUCCGCCGCCACCACCACCACCGCAACCUCUUUCUCCUCUCUUCCCAUUCCCUCCGUCUCUCUUCUUCUCCUUCUUCACUCUCUUUCUCAUCUUCACCUCUCCCACUCAAACUCAGAGCUUCCCAAGCUUCUUCUCGCUCCUCCUCUCCAUGGCCAGAGUGGUCCUCUUUCCUCUCUCACAUCUCCUCAGCCGGCUACCUCUCUUCCCUCCCCGACGAUGCCUUCGCCACCGUCGCCGGACACCUCUCUCACUCCUUCCUCCGCGACGCCACCGCUUGCUUGGCCUUCGCGCGCGACCGCCCUAACCUUCUCAGGUUGCUUUCUACGAGAGACAUUGCGACCGUAGUUGAGCACGGCUCCCCCUUUCUCUUCCGCGACGCCGACGAUUCCAUCAGGAAGAUGAAGUCCUUUCUGUCCAACGGUGACGCCAAUGUGUUGGAAACUGAUAGAGCAAAUACGGUUGACCUAAUGAAGUUUUUGCUGAGUUAUGCAAGUGAUCCAUUUGUCCCUUCAGAAGGGAACAGUCUCAAUAAAAGAAAUCUUAUUGAGUCAUCUGUCAGAAAUCUCUUUGGUGAACUUUUCAAGCUGAGUUAUAGUGCGCCUCCACCAAACUCUUUUGAUUCAGUGCAAAGUCAAAUGAGUGGAAGAUUCGGACAAACAAGGCCUCCUGGACAAAAAAUUGAAAUGAAGAGGGGUGAUUGGAUUUGCCCAAGGUGUAAUUUCAUGAAUUUUGCACGAAAUAUCAAAUGUCUUGAGUGCGAAGAAGCAAGGCCACAAAGGCAACUUGCUGGAGGUGAAUGGGAAUGUCCUCAGUGUGAUUUCUAUAACUACGGGAGGAACAUGAAUUGCUUGAGGUGUGAUUGCAAGCGACCUGGACAAAUAUCUUUGGGUGCCCCCAAUACCAUGUCAAAUAUGGAGUAUGAAAAUGGAAACAAUCCUAAUACAUCAGAUUUUGAUGCUAGGUUAGCUGCCAAUGAAGAAAAGGCACAGCGUUGGUUUAGCAAGGUUUCUCAACAAGACAGCAGUGCUGAUAUUAACAGUGUGAUAGCAGAUGAAGAUUUUCCUGAAAUAAUGCCACUGAGGAAAGGAGUAAAUAGAUUUGUCGUGAGUACGAGAAAGAUUCCACUGGAGCGGAGGUUGGCUGAUGCUCGAUUCAAGAGAAACUUGUCCAAUAAUGAUAUUCCUGGGAUUGAGGAUUUUAAAGCUGGCGAGCCAAUCAAGUUCCAUGACAAUCUUGAUGACAUGCCAGGUCAUUCAGCUGGCCUUCCUCAAUUUGACAAUAACAGCAUUGUUGCUGAACCAAAUGCUAGUGAAGAGUGGCAACCUUCUUUUGCUAGCAAUACUUCACAUUUUAAAAAUGUACAGGGGAGCUACACUAGUACUGUUCCUCCCAGUCCAUCGUCUGCACUUGCCCCAAAGUCUGAUAACUUGCUUGGAGAGGAGAGCAAAAAGGUGGUAUUAGACACCGAUAUGGGAUAUACUAGUUUGGGACCCCGUUCACAACUUUCUAAUAAUUCUACAAAUAUCAGAGAGGACAAGGAGAAAGAACAAGUUGAAAAAUCUGAGAGAUGGUUUAAAAAGGUUGCUGAGCUGAACGAUUUUCCUGAUAUAACAAGUGCAAUUUCUGAUGAGGAUUUCCCUGAAAUAAUGCCUAUGCGAAAAGGAGAAAAUCGAUUUGUUGUUAGCAAGAAAAAGGAUCGUUCUUUGACAACACCAGCAUAUAAGAGACAAGCGGCCAUGGAUCAAGCUAGCAAAACCAACUUUGUCCCCUUUGUUCCCUUCCCCCCGGAUUACUUUGCCAAAAAGGACAAGCUGCAAGCAGAUGGAACAGAUUCAACAGAUAGGUCUGAUGAUGGUAAAUCUUCCAUAUCUAAGGUGGCAGAGAAGGCUGCUGAGAUGUCAGAUGACCCUAGAACUAAACCAGGACAUAGUCCAAAGCCUUCCGAACAGAGCUCAAAUUACAAUGAUGUUGGCUCAAUGCAUGUGGCAGGAACCAGUGGAAAUUCAAGUCAGAGUUCCAAUCAAGAUCAUGUUCCAAAUUUGACUGGGAGUUCAUCCCCAGGUACAGCAUCUGAGAGCCAGAGUGGUAGGGCAGAGUGGACAGGAAAGAGUUUGGAGGGGUCAGCCGUAAAGGAACCAGAUCCUUUGGACAUGUCAGAGGAGGCAAAGGCAGAGAGGUGGUUCCGGCGAGUCGCACAGAUUAAGGAUAUUUCUGAGCUCAGUCAGAUUCCAGAUGAAGAUUUUCCUUCAAUAAUGCCUAUGCGCAAAGGGGUGAACAGAUUUGUUGUAAGCAAGAGGAAAACGCCAUUGGAAAGGAGAUUGAUAUCUCAACAGGGCCGAAUAAAUCUUCCAACUGUGAGCUCAGAUCCAAGUAAAAAUGAAAAUGAAGGUAGCUGA